UAUAUUCCCUUCCUCAUCGCAGCAUGUCGGCAGCGAUGUUCUGGUGUAGCGAACAAGUUGAUCGCCGUGCCAUGGCCUCGGACUGAUAGAACAAGCCGAGCUCGACUGAUUUUCGUUCUUCCGACCUGGGCUCCUUUCAUACGACCUACCCCCUUCUCUCCGAUGCCAUGCGAUAUUACAUGUCACCCCAACAAUGAGCAGAAUUUAGCAGUGUCAGACCAUGCUUACGGACCUAACAAUGGCCUCCACGCAAUCAAACCAGACAGACACGUCUUUCGCCGCGCCAAAGUCAGCUGCGAUAGCGCAGGAUGGAACCCUUGAGAAUGGCCACACUUCUCAAGAGCCCGACGAAAAGCGAAAAUACCUUUGCCUCACUAUUUGUGGCUACCGGAAGCCUGGAAUGACCGAGGAAGCCUACCGCAACCACAUGGUCAACGUCUCCGCGCCCAUGACCAAAGACCUGAUGGUCAAGUAUGGCAUCAAACGGUGGACUCAAAUCCACAACCAAUCCUCCACCCGCGCCUUGAUGUCCCACCUCUUCGACCCCCAAAUGUGCAACGUUGCCGAUUUUGACUGCUUUAGUCAGGUCGUGUUCGAGUCAAUCGAGGACUACAAGCGGAUGAAGCAAGAUCCAUGGUAUAAGGAGAAGCUUAUGCAUGAUCAUGAAAACUUCGCGGAUACGAAGAGAAGCAUGAUGACGAUUGGUUGGAUUGAGGAAUUUGUUCGUGACGGACAGGUUGUGGACGGCUUCAAGGCAUGUUAG